AUGGUUGAAGAUAAGAAUUUGAAACAAAUUGUAUCUCAGAACCAUGUAAUGAGGGGCAUUGCUUCCGAGGUAUUAGGGGCAAUUCAUGUAUUUAAAAAUAUGCUAAUGAAUUACACAAUCCAACCUAGGGAAAAAGAAAACACUUCUAUGUUCAUCAGAUAUCCUACUUUGAAUUUCCCAAUGGAUACUGUUGAUGAAAUGGAAAAGUUCGAUUAUAUAAUGGCGAAUGAAAAUGAUUCAUCUGAAUCAAUCGAUGAACUCUCAAAAUAUGGUGGAACAAUUUGCUAUAAUUUUGUUAAACGAAUCUUGACCAUAUCAAUUACAAAUAAUCUGGCCAGGCAAUAUAGCUUUUAUGGCAGAAAAGGGAAAAGGUCAUUCCAUCUUUCAAGCUUGUCGAAGAUUGUAGUCAGAGCUGCAGAGAAAGCUGGAGUAUCCAAAAAUUACAAAGAGGCUGAAUCAGCAGUUCAGUCAUGGCUGAAGAGGUCAGUGGAAAGACUGAAUGCGAAGGACAACAAACGACAAUAA